CUUUUUCUUUUGUUACCGUUUAUCUGAACAAUUGCUAAAUGUUCUUAGUAUGGAACCAUCAAAAGGAUAGAGAACUUCUUCAAAGGUCUGUCAAACGAUCGAACACAAAUCUCGCCAAUUCCACCUGAAGGCUACGGUGAUCGUUUCAUCAAUUUUAUCCGCGGCAUCACGAUGUCCAAGGAAGAAGCUGAGCGACAUCGUGAGUCCCGUGCAAUGGGCCGACCAUCUACAGAACGCACCCCGUCGGUUGAAAGAACCAUGCAGCACGCGGAAAAGGAGGCGUCCAAGGAUGUUUCCAUUACACAUCCCCGGACAUUAUCAACAGUUCGGGAUCCUACAGACGCCAACGGUCCUGGACCGACCUCGACACUUCCGAUUGUGGAUGAAGCGGGCGAGGCCAGCAGUGUCGGGGGCCAUAGCCAGCAUAGUCGACAAGGACCUCCGGUGCCUGCGGAGAAGGACUUGCCACCGAUUCCCAACCAGAAUGGAUUCGGUAUGCCAGAGAAGGGCAAAGCAGCAGUUCGUGACGAGAAUUCCAGACCUUAUCGAGGUUAAUGGCGCCCUCUUUAUGGUUGACUUGCCGUUGCCUCUUUGAUUUUCACCAUUUCUCGUCCCGUUUAGGAACCGCUCUUCAUAGAGUGUCAUGUUACUACGACUGAUGUGUGUUUCCAUGGAUGGGGGUUACCUGCUUUUUUUUUUUUUUAUCAGGACGCAACUUUGUCCGUUUCGACAUGUUCAGCUGAACCUUUUUCUUAUCACCUUUCCGUUUCGAUUCGCGGAUGAACAGUG